AUGGAUGUGGCGGCCUGCGUCCCACAGAGCGAUUCAGCGCCUGGUAAUAGGUUCAUUAACUCUGUUAUGAUCUCUUCUAGUAGCUGUGCAAGUGGCCGGGACGGAGACACUCUCAAGCACGAGGAAAUUGACGAAAUCGAAGAUAACUUCGGCGAGGACGCGAUGCCAAGAGAUCGGGAGAGUCUGGAACAUGAAGUGGCACGACUAGACGAACUAGAACGCAAACUACAGCUCGAGACCGCAACAGAUUUUGUGCUGGGCUGCGAGCUACUGCGGGCUACGCUUCGGGAUCAACUGGCCAAGGCUCACGCGGCUCUAAAGCGGCGACAAACGGCGGCACAGCGAGUGUGUGAGUACGCGGGCAAGAAGGGCCGACAAACGUACGUCAAUCGCUGCGCCGAGCUCCAGAGAGAGAUGAGCGCCGAUAUCGAGCGAGAGCUACGCAGACUACAGACGGCCAAGGACGGCGUGAGCGUGACCAGUCGCCGUCGCCGAGCUGUGCGUGACGAAACGCGCGGGGGCUUCUCCACGCCGGCCAAGAAAUCGGCCAAUGGCAUGCGAAGACGACGCACUAUUGACGGAGACGACGACGGCCCCGAGGACGUGUUCUUGGCCUCGGCCUCGCCCGAAGAGAGAGCUCACAGAGUUCAGUUCCAAGAGAAGAAGCGGCUGGAGCGACUGCUGGGCCGCGCGUCGGUCUUUAAGCCGGCCAUCAAGCACGUGACACCCAAAGAGAUGGCUGCAGACCUGGAGGCUAUACGCAGCGCUGUCCCUUACCCAUGA